UUCAAGUGACAACAAAGUUUAGAACAGGAAGUGUAUUAUUAUUUUUUUUUUGUUAAGAGUAUGUACUUUUCAUACGUAAGCUUUAACAUCUAGUAAUUAAAUGAGUGUAAGGUUAAGAAUAGAAAGAAAUGAACGGACCAUUUUUAAAAGAGAAAACAAAAUAUUUGGUGUCUUUUCAUUUUGCAACAGAAAAAAGAGAGAGAACCAGAAAGUCUGACCCUUCUCCUUCCACACCAUAAUCAUUGCUCUCUCUUCUUUUAAUCAAGACCAAAUCUCCAGGCAGCGGCAAUAUGGUACAGAAUCCUUUGAAGAACACGGAUCUGAUUAUUUGAAAGGGCGCUCCCAUUUUUUAAGAAACCAACUCCAUCUUCCCCACUGAACUUCAUUUCAUUCUCUGCACAUCACUCUCAAUGGCUUCUCCUCCCAAGUUUUUCAAAAUCCUUCUCAUCACUAACGUCGAAGACCCAAAAUUGAUGAUUCCAAGGAUGUUUAUAAAAAGCUAUGGUAAGUUGUUAUCAAGUUCUGUUAUUCUGAAGCUUCCUGAUGGAAGAGAAUGGAAGAUUGGCUUGACAACUUCAGAUAACGGCGCUGUGUGGUUGGAGAAAGGAUGGGAUAAAUUUUCAGAACAUUACUGCUUGGAGUAUGGUUUUUUGUUGGUUUUUAAAUUGUUGAAUAGUAGAGGAACUUCGAGUUUUAAAGUAAACAUAUUUAACACAACAGCAAUGGAAACCGAAUAUUCUUGGAAUGUUAAAGAUUUUACAAAAGAAUUUGAUUCGGAUUCUGAUGGCUCCGAGAGUUUCUGCCCACAUUCGAAGAAGAGGAAUAAGGCUUCGGUUCCUCGUCGUCGACUUAGUAAGAAAACAAGAAAGGAAGACCACUUUUCAAUCAAAACAGAACCUGAAGAAGGAGAAUGCAACAUUUUUAGUGAUAUACCAAAAGAAGAAGUUGAAAUUUCAAGGAGAAUAGAAGAAUUAAAAAACAGAGGGGAAUCAAAUGAGAAACUUGGCUUUAAAGUUGUGAUGAGCCAAUCAAAUGUUGGAGGUAGAUUUAAUUUGGUUAUUCCUAAGGAGUUUGCAGGAAAAUACUUAUCAGAUGAAGUUGGAAGUAUAAGCAUCCAAACUGAAAAUGGUAAAAAAUGGUCACUUUUGUACAAAUGGAGUGAAAGUGAUGAUGAAGUUGCCUAUAUUUCAAGAGGGUGGAGGGAUUUUGUAGAAGAAAAUCUGUUGAAACCAGGGGAUGUUGUGUUCUUUGAACUCAUUAAGAAAGACAAAUUUUUAUUCACCAAAUUACAAGAGAAUAUCACAGUUCCCUCUUCUUCACCAAAGAACAAAACUGCGUCAACCACAAACCCUUUCUUCGAAGUGCAGAUUCACAAGAAAAGUUAUGGGAAUACAGUUCUGAACAUUCCACUGGGUUUUGCAAAUAAGCAUUUUUCACCAGAAAUGCAUCAUGCAAAGCUUCAAGUUUGGAACAAAGAAUGGGAAGUGAAAUUGAAGCAAUAUGUGAAUCACUGCAGAUUCUCAGCUGGUUGGAGUAAAUUUUAUCGUGAGAAUAUGUUGAGAGAUGGGGAAACAUGCUUGUUUGAAAUGGUGAGCAAAAGAAAUUGCAUUUUUAAAGUUUCCAUUUUCAGUUAGCUAUUUACAAACUGAUAUGCUUCAGUCGGACUACUAACUGCUUUUACUAUAUGUUGCUUUUUUUCUUUUUGGGAAUUGUAUUAAAUUUGGAGAAGGGUUUCAUUUUAGUGGAAAGAUGACCUUCUUGGGGGUGAAUUAAUCUGAUAUGUUAAAGUUAGUUGGACCGAAUUGUGUAAUGCAAUAUAUUAUUAAUGUUUUUGUUUUUGUUUCUUGCAA